GACUGUGUGUGCGCCGCGAGUGGCGGCUUGGCCCAGCCGGCAGGCGCGGUUACGGCGCUAGCCCAGCCCUCGGCCCCUCUUCGCGGCCACUACCUCCGCCUCUUCCUACCUUGCCCGAGAUGGAUCUGCCCAUGGGCCCCGGCGCGGCGGGGCCCAGCAACGUCCCGGCCUUCCUAACCAAGCUGUGGACCCUCGUGAGCGACCCGGACACCGACGCGCUCAUAUGCUGGAGCCCGAGCGGGAAUAGCUUCCACGUGUUUGACCAGGGCCAGUUUGCCAAGGAGGUGCUGCCCAAGUACUUCAAGCACAACAACAUGGCUAGCUUCGUGCGGCAGCUCAACAUGUACGGUUUCCGGAAAGUGGUCCACAUUGAGCAAGGUGGCCUGGUCAAGCCAGAGAGGGAUGAUACCGAGUUCCAACAUCCAUGUUUCCUGCGUGGCCAGGAGCAGCUCCUCGAGAACAUCAAGAGGAAAGUGACCAGUGUAUCCACCCUGAAGAGUGAGGACAUAAAGAUCCGCCAGGAUAGUGUCACCAAGCUGCUGACAGAUGUACAGCUGAUGAAAGGGAAGCAAGAGUGCAUGGACUCCAAGCUCCUGGCAAUGAAGCAUGAGAAUGAGGCCCUAUGGCGAGAGGUGGCCAGCUUGCGGCAGAAGCAUGCCCAACAGCAGAAAGUCGUCAACAAGCUCAUUCAGUUCCUGAUCUCGCUGGUGCAGUCAAACCGGAUCCUGGGGGUGAAGAGAAAGAUCCCCCUGAUGUUGAAUGACAGCAGUUCAGCACAUUCCAUGCCCAAGUAUGGCCGGCAGUACUCUCUGGAGCAUGUCCAUGGCUCGGGCCCCUUCUCGGCUCCAUCCCCGGCCUACAGCAGCUCCAGCCUCUACCCCCCAGACGCCGUCGCCAGCUCUGGACCUAUCAUCUCUGACAUCACUGAGCUCACUCCUGUCAGCCCCUUGGCCUCCCCCGGCGGCAACAUAGACGAGAGGCCCCUGUCUAGCAGCCCACUGGUGCGUGUCAAAGAGGAGCCUGCCAGCCCGCCUCGGAGUCCCCAGGUGAAGGAGGCGAGUCCUAUGCACCCACCGUCCGUGGAUACCCCUUUGUCCCCAACCUCACUCAUCGACUCCAUCCUGAGGGAGAGCGAGCCUGCCCCUGCCUCAGCCACAACCCUCACGGACACCAGGGGCCACCCCCCAUCACCUCCACCCACCUCUACCCCUGAGAAGUGCCUCAGCGUAGCCUGCCUGGACAAUUUGGCUCGCACUCCACAGAUGUCUGGGGUCACCCGCCUCUUCCCCUGCCCCUCUUCCUCUCUGCUUGGCCGAGUCCAGCCAGGGAAUGAGCUCAGUGACCAUUUGGAUGCCAUGGACUCCAACCUGGACAACCUGCAGACCAUGCUGACCAGUCACGGCUUCAGCGUGGAUACCAGUGCCCUGCUGGAUCUGUUCAGCCCUUCAGUGACUGUACCUGAAAUGAACCUGCCUGACCUUGACAGCAGUCUGGCCAGCAUCCAGGAGCUCCUAUCUCCCCAGGAGUCCCCCAGGCCUCUUGAGGCAGAGAACAGCAGUCCGGACUCAGGGAAGCAGCUGGUACACUACACAGCACAGCCCCUGUUCCUGCUGGACCCCGGCUCCAUGGACACCGGGAGCGGCGACCUGCCGGUGCUCUUUGAGCUGGGAGAGGGCUCCUACUUCUCCGAAGGGGAUGACUACACAGACGAUCCCACCAUCUCCCUGCUGACAGGCUCAGAACCUCCCAAAGCCAAGGACCCCACUGUUUCCUAGAGGCCCGGGAGGAGCCGGCUGGCAGUGGCCUGCCCACCAUGUAUUCCCCUAUGCAGAACUAGUCUUGGAGAAAUGGGGCGGGCAGGUGGUCCCAGGCACCAUGGGUCAGCCACCACAGCCCCAGUGUGGACAAACAAAGGGGCUCAGGGCUGGGCAGUGCGGUGCCUCUCAUCAGGAGUGAGGGUCCCGUGGCCUGCUGACCUGCUGCCUUCAUCCAGCUCUGUGUCCCCUGGCUUGGUUAAAGCUUCACAGCCACACCUGGACUGACCCUGCAGGUUGUUCAUAGUAAGAAUUGUAUUUUGGAUUUUUACACGAGAGUCCCCUUUCCUUUCCACAGAGAUAUACAGAUAUAUACACAAGUGGAUGGACGGACGGACGAGACAGGCAGAAAUCUAUAAACAGAAAGGCUCUACACUGUG